UGUAGGAGGGGGUGACGCGCUGAGAUCAGCUGCGGUCGUGGUGUUGAUCGUGAGGAGAUUACAUUAAUAACUGUACUCACGGAGUCGGACGCGGAGGGAUAAAACAUUCAGCAUUUGUUUACUUGGGCAAACCAGGAGGACUCUUCGGGUGUACGUCAUUUAAAACCAUGUAGCGAAUAAAUCACUAGGAAAUUUGUUUUCAUCACAUGGCAUGUGAAUGCCAAGCCUGAACCAGUUGCUCAUGUAUUUUUACUUUUCGUUGCUAUGGGAGAUUGGAAGACUGUAACAAUGCCAGAGCCUUUACCAGUUCUUGACCUUUCUAAUUAUGGCCCUACAUCUGUGAUUUCAUCAUUCGUGCAAACAUUGCCACCUUUAUCUCAAAACUCUUACAACCUUGUUAGUGCUUUUUGUACGGAUGAAAAUAUUGGACAAUGUCUUACCUACAUUAAUCAGGAAAUAUCUUCUCUGGGCUUUCAACCAAUUUCCAAUGAUACCAGGGGUAACAGUGAUCUUAAUUUGGUGUCUGUGUUAAAUGUCAUAUAUGAAUUACUUCAGCUUCACAAAAAAGGUCUAAGAACCAUGGAGGACAUGGAAAAUGAACAGCUUAAGUCAAGCAGUGACAUGGACCAUCUCCAGAACAGCCAUUCAAAACUUAAGGAACAACUGGAGUUAUGUAGAAGGGAAAAUAAGUCAUUUCAAGAAAGAGAGCGGCAAGUGCAUCUUAAGAAUAAAAGUUUGCAGAAUUCCUUGAAGAAUGAAAAAGAGGAGGUUCAAAAGCUUCAGAAUGUAAUUGCAAGCCGCGCCUCUCAGUACAAUCAUGAUAUGAAAAGGAAAGAGCGAGAAUUCAGUAAAGUAAAAGAACGUUUGAAUCAAAUCCUUAUUGAUAAAAAGGAUAAAAAGAUGGCCAUUGAAGUUCUGAAUUAUGUGGGACGACCAGAUGGAAAAAGAAGUGUUUGGAAAACGGGGAAAACUGAGGCUAGAAAUGAAGAAGAGAUGUACAAAGUUCUUCUCGGUGAUUAUGAGCAUCGUCUGAAAGACCUAAUGAUAGAAAAUGCAGAACUCAAAAAAGUAUUGCAACAGAUGAAGAAGGAGAUGAUGACAAUUUUGCAUCCUCAAAAGCAUGAAUUCAAGGAGAAAAAGGAAGAGAGCAUUGAUCCAGUUGCAUCUGACGAUGAAGAGGAACCUGGUGAAAACAGCAAAGAAUAUGGUCUUGAUCUCUCUUGUGAAUUGGCACGGGAAAAGCUCACAAACAGCAUACGACAACAAUGGCGAAUGCUCAAAAAUCAUGUGGAAAAACUAGACAAUCAAGCUGCCUUAAUGCAGAUGGAUGUCCAGAAUGAAUGUAAUGUAGUUUCCCGUGAGAUUCAUGAGGAAGAAGUAGAUAAAUUGAAACUGGAAAUUCAGCAGUGCAAAGAUUUUAUUAAAACUCAACAGCAACUAUGGCAGCAACAAGUCAAUUCCCCAUGUGAUGAAGAAACAUCAUCACUUCUACAAGAUUGUUAUUUAUUAGAAGAAAAGGAAAGAUUAAAAGAAGAAUGGAAGCUGUUUGAUGAACAAAGAAAAAAUUUUGAAAAAGAGCGUAAGAAUUUUACAGAGGCUGCUAUCCGAUUAGGUCAUGAGAGAAGAGCAUUUGAGGAAGACAGAGCUAGCUGGUUAAAGCAUCAGUUUUUGAAUAUGACUCCUUUCAUUGAUCGUAAAAGACCACAGACUUCAAAACAUCCAUUUGCAUUUUCUGCUAGUACAGAGCCAGAAGUAAGAAAUUUGCAUAGUUCGCCACAAACCAUGAAGUCUGCUGUCACAAACAUACCUACACCCAAAUCCCAACCGUCAUUGAAAAUGCCAAGCACUCCUGAUCUCUACCAAACUUUGUGCCUUAUUCCAAACAAAAGCUCUCCAGAAAUCCAGCCAAAGCGAAGCAGUUUGCAAGAUCCAAAUGCUAGAUUAUACGGUGGUGAACUGUCCACUCCUAGGACAAGACACUCCUUCAACUCCGAUAACUAUUUUAUUUAUUGUGUGUCUAGAGAUGAGAAUACUUUAAAAUGAUUGAUUUUUGUGUUUUUUUUUUUUUUUCUCAAAGAUUUGUGUAGCUUUUUCUGUUUUGAUUCUUUCAUUUAAUGUGCUCCAUGUAGGAUGAACAUUGUUUUAUCCUUUUCUCAGCAAGAUUUUUCUGAGCUACAUUGAAUUUUUUUUUUUGUCUUUUGAUUUUUAAGUUUUGUUUAGCUGUAUAAUUCUUGUGGAUUUUUUAUAUGAAAUUGGGGAAAGAAUUUUAUUCUUUUUAUAGCCAUCCAUUUCAGUAAAUAGUAUCUUUAGAGUGAUGUUAAUGAUCAGGUAAGAAUAAAGAUUGAAUGAAUGUAGAGCAUAUGAUUUUCAGCAGGAACUUGAAAUGAAAUAUUGCAAUUAGCACUUUCUACAUUUAAAGCUGAGACUUAGAAAAACAUUUAAUAUUUCCUUGAAUAUUUUUAUAUAGUGUAUGUGUG